ACAACAUCCAACAUGGCCGCGUCGGUACGCGACAAGCAGACGGUGGCUCUGAAGCGGAUGUUGAACUUCAACUCACCCCCUGUGAAGAACGCCGCAUCCGAACCAGUAUGGAAGGUGCUGAUAUACGACCGUUUUGGUCAGGACAUCAUCUCGCCGCUGCUGUCCGUCAAAGAGCUCAGAGACAUGGGCAUCACGCUCCACCUGUUACUUCACUCCGACAGAGAUCCCAUUCCCGACGUGCCGGCCAUCUACUUCGUCAUGCCUUCGGAGGAGAACAUUGACAGGAUUUGUCAGGACCUGAGAAACCAACUGUACGAAUCAUACUACCUGAACUUCAUCUCGGCCAUCAGUCGAAGCAAACUGGAGGACAUCGCCAGCGCUGCGCUGGCGGCUAAUGCUGUCAGCCAAAUCACCAAGGUGUACGACCAGUACCUGAAUUUCAUCACAUUGGAGGAUGACAUGUUCAUCUUGUGCCAUCAAAACAAGGAGGCUAUCUCAUAUCACGCCAUCAACAGAGGAGACAUGCAAGACACUGACAUGGAGGCCAUCAUGGACACCAUCGUGGACAGUCUCUUUUGCUUUUUCGUCACGCUGGGCGCCGUGCCCAUCAUCCGUUGUCCCCGUGGCAACGCGGCUGAGAUGGUUGCCGUGAAGCUGGACAAGAAACUACGUGAAAAUCUGCGCGACGCCAGGAAUAGCCUCUUCACGGGUGACAACAUGGCCGCUGGGCAGUUUAGCUUUCAGAGGCCGCUGUUCGUGCUAGCUGACCGCAACGUGGACAUGGCCACGCCCUUGCACCACACUUGGACAUAUCAGGCACUGAUUCACGACGUGAUGGAAUUCCAUCUUAAUCGUGUGAUGCUGGAAGAAGGCGCAGGGUCUGAAGCGUCCCCCGCUGGAGCGCGACCAAAAAAGAAGAGCAGAAGGACAUACGACCUUACUGCCGCCGACAAAUUCUGGCAGAGACACAAGGGAAGUCCCUUCCCGGAGGUGGCGGAGUCUGUUCAGGAGGAGCUGGACACGUACCGGGCGCAGGAGGAUGAGGUCAAACGACUCAAAAGCAUUAUGGGCCUGGAGGGCGAGGAUGAGGGCGCCAUCAGCAUGCUUUCGGACAACACUGCCAAGCUCACCUCUGCUGUCAGUUCUCUACCUGAGUUGUUGGAGAAGAAACGUCUGAUUGACCUACACACCAACGUGGCCACGGCUGUGCUGGACCAUAUUAAGAGUCGAAAACUGGAUGUUUAUUUUGAGUAUGAAGAAAAACUGAUGAGCAAGUCGACUUUGGAUAAAUCUCUGCUGGACAUUAUCAGCGACCCGGACGCGGGAACGCCAGAAGACAAGAUGCGACUCUUUCUCAUUUUCUACAUCACAGCUCAGCAGCCGCCUUCUGAGUCGGACUUGGAGCAGUAUAAAACGGCUCUGCUGGAUGCCGGCUGCGACCUAUUGCCUCUCAGCUACAUCAAACAGUGGAAGGCCUUUACCAAGAUGGCCGCCACUCCUGCCAACUACGGCAACAGUGGAGUGAAACCCAUGGGGCUGUUUUCCCGAGUGAUGAAUAGCGGCUCUCAGUUGGUGAUGGAGGGAGUCAAGAACUUGGUGCUCAAACAGCACAACCUUCCAGUCACGCGAAUCCUCGACAACCUGAUGGAGAUGAAGUCACACGCUGAUACAGAUGACUACCGCUACUUGGACCCGAAAAUGUUGCGCGGCAGCGAAAGUUCCAUUCCAAGGAAUAAGAACCCAUUUCAGGAGGCGAUUGUGUUCGUGGUGGGAGGAGGAAAUUACAUCGAAUACCAGAACCUGGUGGACUACACCAAAUCAAAAGUAGGAAAGAAGGUCAUUUACGGCUGCAGCGAACUCUUCAACGCGUCACAGUUCAUCAAACAACUCUCCCAGUUGGGACAGAAGUGA